GAAAAAAUUAGUCACAAACCGGUCUUUAUGCCUUUCACAAGAACCGCCCUUAAAUAUCUGAUCUUUACUGAAAAAAAACAACCACUCUAGAAAUAGGUUCAAUCACAUAAAUUUUACAUUCUUUUCUUUGUUUUGAUCACUGAUUUUUUUCAGGCCAUUUCUCUCAUUCUUGUUACAAUGGAGUCGCUAUCACUCCAAUCUUUCCACGUUAAAGGCCUCAAUUACCGCUCUAAAUUCAAUUUAGCAAACAACCCAUCAGAAUUUAGAGCAAUUAAUCAGGUGGGUUUUGAUCAUUUUUUGAGACAAAGGUGUAAAAGAUUGUGUUUUUCAGUGAGAUGUCAGUCAUUUUCUGGUAAAAAUGAAGGUGGGGUUUCGAGUUCUGCAGAUGGUUCUUCAUCUGCCAUUGAAGAACAAAGAAAUGAAGGGCAUUUCGGUCAAUUGAUCGGUCCUGUGAAGGAUGCUUCUGGCUCCAUUGUUAGUUUUAACCUAUAUUCUCAAUCUGGCGAUGGUAAAUCAAAUGUUUUCUUGGACUUGGAAAAACCAAAUGAAAAUGACAAGGAGGAGAAAAUUUCUUCCGGAUCACCUUCUAGUUUCGUUUUUGAACGAGGAGUAAUAAAAGAAAGCGAGGUUGAAAAGAUACUGGAAGAAACUAUUGUUGAAGGGGAGGACAAAACCGUUGCAAAAUCAAAGUUAAGUGUUGUCUUCGUCACUGCGGAAGCAGCACCAUAUUCCAAGACAGGGGGUUUAGGAGAUGUUUGUGGUUCUUUGCCUAUAGCUUUAGCUGAGCGUGGGCAUCGCGUGAUGGUAAUUGCUCCUAGAUAUAUACAUGGAACUGCUGCAGAUAAGGUUUAUGCUGGUGCAUUUGAUGCAAAUUGUCGCAUCAAGGUCAAUUGUUUUGGAGGAGAACAAGAAGUUGCCUUUUUCCACCAGUAUAGGGAUGGUGUUGAUUGGGUCUUCGUCGAUCAUCCUUCAUAUCAUCGGCCUGGAAAUCCAUAUGGUGACUCCUUUGGUGCUUUCGGUGACAAUCAGUUUCGCUUCACUUUACUUUGUCAUGCGGCAUGUGAGGCUCCUCUUGUCCUUCCAUUAGGAGGGUACACUUAUGGGGAAAAGUGCUUGUUUCUCGUUAACGAUUGGCAUGCAGGUCUUGUUCCAGUACUUCUUGCAGCUAACUAUCGCCCUUAUGGAGUUUACAAGGAUGCACGCAGCAUACUUGUUAUACACAACCUUUCUCAUCAAGGUGUGGAGCCUGCAGUAACGUACGAUAAUUUAGGACUUCCUCCACAAUGGUAUGGACCACUAGAAUGGGUGUUUCCAGAGUGGGCAAGAGCACAUGAGCUUGACAAAGGUGAAGCAGUCAAUAUUUUAAAGGGAGCCGUUGUAACAGCUGAUAGAAUACUUACAGUUAGCCAGGGAUAUUCAUGGGAAAUAACAACUGUGGAGGGCGGCUAUGGUUUGCAUGAAUUACUAACCAGCAGGAAGUUCGUAAUAAAUGGGAUUAUAAAUGGAAUCAAUGUUUCUGAGUGGGAUCCAUCGAAUGAUGCACAUAUUGCAGCCCCUUACUCUAUUGAUGAUCUCUCCGGAAAGGCUGAAUGCAAGGCUGCCUUACAGAAAGAGCUCGGUCUUCCUGUUAAACCUGAUUGCCCAUUGAUUGGUUUUAUUGGGAGGCUAGACUACCAGAAAGGUAUCGAUAUAAUUCAGGCAGCAAUGCCAGAGCUUUUGGGAGAUGAUGUGCAAUUUGUUAUGUUAGGGACAGGGGUUGCUAAGUACGAGAGUUGGAUGAGAGAAACAGAAGCGAGAUACAAAGACAAGUUUCGUGGUUGGGUUGGAUUUAGUGUCCCUAUUUCGCACCGAAUAACUGCAGGAUGUGACAUCCUUUUGAUGCCAUCAAGAUUUGAACCAUGUGGAUUAAACCAGCUUUAUGCAAUGAGAUAUGGAACAAUACCAGUAGUUCACUCCACUGGAGGGCUUCGAGAUACUGUUGAAACUUACAAUCCAUACGCAGUUGGACCUGAUGGUAGUGGUACUGGUACCGGGUGGGGAUUUGCUCCGUUGGCUAAGGACAGUAUGUUGUCGGCCCUGAGGAAUGGUCUGAAAACAUACAGAGAAUACAAGGGAUCAUGGUUAGGGUUGAUGAAGAGAGGCAUGCAACAGGACUUCACAUGGGACAGUGCUGCUGCUCAUUACGAGCAAGUGUUUGAAUGGGCAUUCACCGAUCCUCCAUAUUGCUGAGAUUAAGUCAGAAAAUCCCGACAUAAACAAAAUUUAAAAGCAAGGACAGAUGGAGCAUGGAAGCUCGCUGCCAAAAGGUACUAAUAAACAUACCGAGAAAUCUUCCAUUUGGUCUGUCUGCUGAUGAAGUUGAAACAAACCCGAUUACUAUUACUUGAAAUCAGCAACGCAGAUUCGGGUUCCUUUCUUCCUUGUACUCUUUGUCAUUUUUGUAGAUUGGUUAUUUGUGUUUGUUUAAGCAAGAGUAUCUUGAUCUGGGUUUAAGCAGACAUAGUUUAUGCUCUUUUUAAUGUAUGUAAUGAGAAUUUCUCUUGUAAAGUAGUAUUAAUAACAUAGAUUUAAUUCGUGAAGCUAUCGUGAAUGAUAAUAAAUUAAAACGAGCAUAAUACAGCUUCGAUUCAUUGAUCCCAAA